AUGUCACUAGAUGAAGAUGGCGUGACUCACAACAAACAAUUAGUGACCAACCAGUUCCAGCGCAUUGCCCAGAAUCACGAUGCCUUCAUGUGCCGAUCAUCUCUGUUCGACCGUGCAGGUACAGGAAAGCAGAGGCCAGCUGGGGAUGAAGAGAGUCGACAGCUGAGCGCAAGACUGCACAGUCUAUUCGGCUUCCCGCCAUCCAACGCUGGAAGAAGAGAUCUCUCAACCAACCCAUAUGCCAGAUCGCGUGUAUACGACCUACGAAACUACACCGACAACAAUGAGUGGGGCCCUUUCCGCGACGAUGGCACCAUGCGAGUGGAUUGGGAGAUGAUCGAAAGCAUCAUGAUUGUCAUCGGCUACAACUCUUGCUACUGCACCCAUACCGUAUCGAACAAACUCCGGCCACCAUGGUUCGCUCCACUUGAUGGUGUGAUUCCAGAAGACGACCAUCAGAUGGGCGCCGCACGGAACUAUACGGCGUUGGUACAGCAACCGGACAUUUCGCUCAACAUGAAGGAUCCAUACGGAGUGGAAGGUAUCUGGUCACGUAUCGUAUGUUUCCUCGAUUACAACGACUUGUACCACUACAACUUCAGCACCGAGGCGAUGAAAGUUCCCUCCGACGAGCCGAGAGACGCACUCAACACUGAUGAAGCCAUCAGACACAUCAUCAUGGACUUGCGCAUCACAGACGUCACAGCACCAGGGCCUUUCGACAACCCAAAGCUACCCAUUGUGCAUUUCAGAGGCAAAUCGAAGUCGGUAGACGCGCAUUGGGAUCCAAAUGCCAACUCUGGUAUUCGCGGUACUGUCAGUCUGACAGCGGAAGGAGAGGUUCGCUGGCAGACUAUCUCGGUGUUUCAAGGCGGUGAGGAGCGAUGGCGCAGCGAUGGCAUUCAAGUUGGUGGGUUGCGCUGCCCACGUGGUGUUGUGGGAACGUGGUUUGACAAGGAUUUCGAUGCUCAUGGCCCUGCCGGACCGACAGCAUUCUGGAAAGUCAGCGAGAGGCCUGUCGAUUCUGCAGAUGAGGACAGCGAUUCCGAAGAUAGCUUUUGGGAUGCAUCAUGA